AUGGCACGGAAUGGCAUGCCAUCACAUCCGUUGACUUAUAUCUGCACUCUCGUAUUGUUUGUAACAGUUCUUGCGUUCUAUCGGCUGGAUGCUUACGCGACUGAAUACGAUCCAACCGUUACCUCAGCUAAAGAAUCCCCAGGUGCCUCUUCCAGGUUUGAUGAUGAGUCCCUACAGUUCAUUUCACUCGGUGCUGCACGCACUUUCAUUGAGCGUCAAUUCCUGAUUGUGCUCGGCAUCCCAUCGUUAGAUAUCGAUGCGAGGCAGAGGCUUCGCAACCUGCAGCGUACGUCGUGCUGGCGGUUCCCCGGUGUGGCGACGAGAUUAAACAACUUCACUGGUGCGAUGCUGGUGCUGUACGUACUGGCGCGGCACCCGUCGCACAACUUCACGUACUCCGCAGGGCUGGAGGCGGAAGCGGUGGAGUGGAACGAUGUGAUUGCGCUGCCGAUGAAUGAGGGGCGCCCAUCGACCAACAAGACGCUUGGUGGUGGCCUCAAGUGGGGUAUGGAGGCUGAGGUUGGGCUGAGCCGCAAGGUGUUUCUGUGGUUCGACAUGGCGCUGCGGCUGUUCCCGACUGCGACAUACUUCGCGAAGGGUGACGACGACACGUUUCUGCGCGUGCCGCAGUACCUUGCAGACCUUCGCACGUUGCCUCGUGAGGGAGUUUACUGGGGAAAUCUGUGCAAAUGGCAUAAGCCUUUCACCUUCCAUUUCGUGAUGGGGUUCUGCAUGACGCUAUCAAAGAAUGUGGCGGAGCGUUUCGUGUCGUAUGAGCCGCUUCAACGUUUGCUUCGCCUGCCCUACAGCGAUGAUGUGAAGAUGCUGUUUUCCUCCUUAAAUAUGGAUCAUGAGGAUGUGAUGGUGGGGCACGUGCUACAUGUACUGCUCUACAAGGGUCUGGUGUAUGUGGGUGAGAGCAAUUGCCGCUUCCAUGACAGUAGCCGUGGAUUCUCCAAGCGCUACCCCAUGUCAAGUUUGGUUGCUGUCCAGCACGUCAAGCCGCGCGACUACGUGCGAUGGAUGAAACGCUUUGCAAGCAGGAAAGCGCCCGCCCCGAGGAAAUAUAUGUUUCGCAAAGUGGAUCGGCGUCGGAUGAAGUUAAUACAAUUUAAGUGCUGA